GUACAGCUCACUCAAGAGAAAAUAGUGCGGGACUACUUUUGUGACGUCACUGGUUAGCAGGUAGAAGCGGGACAGAGAUAGCGUGCGUUGUGUGUUAGUUGAACGGGAAACAUGUCGAGGAUUAUAAUAGCAGCAGUUUGUGUUUUGUUUGCAGGCAUCAGCCAUGCACAAGAUAACCCAAGGUUUGACGUCGCUGGACCCGAUUACGUCAAAGAAGGAGAUGAGAUUAACUUGUCCUGCACGACAGAUGCAGACGUGCAGUUCAUGGCAUCAAAACAGCUGGCUAUUGUCCACAAGAACCUGGUAACCGAAACCGAGACGAUCAUUUCAGAGCAACAGAGUCUUCUUGUUACCCCAGCAGAAAAUUAUGAGAUCAAGCUUGAAAUGAUACCCAUUGUUCGUGUCACCCUCAAAAUAAAGUCAGCUACUGCUGCUGCUGACGGGGAAUACACAUGUCGCACACAGAAGACAGGGACCAGUGAUGCUCUAGAGUCAGCAACCAAGACGGUGGUUUUCCUCGGCAUCAGCCAUGCACAAGAUAACCCAAGGUUUGACGUCCCUGGACCCGAUUACGUCAAAGAAGGAGAUGAGAUUAACUUGUCCUGCACGACAGAUGCAAACGUGCAGUUCAUUGUAUCAAAACAGCUGGCUAUUGUCCACAAGAACCUGGUAACCGAAACCGAGACGAUCAUUUCAGAGCUACAGAUUCUUCUUGUUACCCAAGCAGAUAAUUAUGUGAUCAAGCUUGAAAUGAUACCCAUUGUUCGUGUCACCCUCAAAUUAAAGUCAGCUACUGCUGCUGCUGACGGGGAAUACACAUGUCGCACACAGAAGAGAGGGACCAGUGAUGCUCUAGAGUCAGCAACCAAGACGGUGGUUUUCCUCGGCAUCAGCCAUGCACAAGAUAACCCAAGGUUUGACGUCCCUGGACCCGAUUACGUCAAAGAAGGAGAGGAGAUUAACUUGUCCUGCACGACAGAUGCAGACGUGCAGUUCAUGGCAUCAAAACAGCUGGCUAUUGUCCACAAGAACCUGGUAACCGAAACCGAGACGAUCAUUUCAGAGCAACAACGUCUUCUUGUUACCCCAGCAGAUAAUUAUGUGAUCAAGCUUGAAAUGAUACCCAUUGUUCGUGUCACCCUCAAAAUAAAGUCAGCUACUGCUGCUGCUGACGGGGAAUACACAUGUCGCACACAGAAGACAGGGACCAGUGAUGCUCUAGAGUCAACAACCAAGACGGUGGUUUUCCUCGCUCCCGUGAGUGGCAUCAAGCUGACAGUUGAUGGGGAGGAAAAAGCUGAUGGAGUAACCGUAUCAUCGAAGUCUAAAAAACUGUCGGUGACAUGCGAGGCAAUGGGUUCCAACCCAGCACCAGUCAUUUAUAUAAUGGCAGGUGACCAGCAUAUUAACACGGGCGAUGUCACAGCUAUCUUGGACAAGGACGGAAACACAGAAAGACGGUCAUACAAGGCUAUGGUCAGCUUUGAGCUGGACUUUGAUCACAGACUGUUCAAUAAGGUACUCAAGUGCCAUGCUGAACCGGACCUUCCGGAGGGCGUGACCAUGGAAAGCGGAGACCAGACGGUCAGCGUCACCCUUGAAGGGAUUGUAGACAAACCAAUGGUUGCAUGCAGCAACAAGACUGCCAGUGCCAAUGACCGCCGAGUGAUCCUCACUUGCUUUGUGUCCAAGAUCCCUGCAGUGAAGUCAGUCAUGUUUAAUGUUGGCAACCGACAUCUGCUGUAUCCUGGCAACCAGACAAAAUCUCUCACAGAAGUCGUACAAAAGGAUUUUAAUGCCACUCACAAUGAAGUGAUACUGAAGUUCUUCGAGAUGGAGGAGUGGCACUUCACAGCCAACAUCUACCUGGAUGUGAAAGGAUUAGAUGAUCAAGUGUUCCAGUAUCCAGUGUAUUUGAUAAGAGGCAUCAGCCAUGUACAAGAUAACCCAAGGUUUGACGUCACUGGACCCGAUUACGUCAAAGAAGGAGAUGAGAUUAACUUGUCCUGCACGACAGAUGCAGACGUGCAGUUCAUGGCAUCAAAACAGCUGGCUAUUGUCCACAAGAACCUGGUAACCGAAACCGAGACGAUCAUUUCAGAGCAACAACGUCUUCUUGUUUCCCCAGCAGAUAAUUAUGUGAUCAAGUUUGAAAUGAUACCUAUUGUUCGUGUCAUCCUCAAAAUAAAGUCAGCUACUGCUGCUGCUGACGGGGAAUACACAUGUCGCACACAGAAGAGAGGGACCAGUGAUGCUCUAGAGUCAGCAACCAAGACGGUGGUUUUCCUCGGCAUCAGCCAUGCACAAGAUAACCCAAGGUUUGACGUCACUGGACCCGAUUACGUCAAAGAAGGAGAUGAGAUUAACUUGUCCUGCACGACAGAUGCAGACGUGGAGUUUAUGGCAUCAAAACAGCUGGCUAUUGUCCACAAGAACCUGGUAACCGAAACCGAGACGAUCAUUUCAGAGCAAAUGAGUAUUCUUGUUACCCCAGCAGAUAAUUAUAUGAUCAAGCUUGAAAUCAUACCCAUUGUUCGUGUCACCCUCAAAAUAAAGUCAGCUACUGCUGCUGCUGACGGGGAAUACACAUGUCGCACACAGAAGACAGAGACCAGUGAUGCUCUAGAGUCAGCAACCAAGACGGUGGUUUUCCUCGCUCCCGUGAGUGGCAUCGAGCUGACAGUUGAUGGGGAGGAAAAAGCUGAUGGAGUAACCGUAUCAUCGAAGUCUAAAACACUGUCAGUGACAUGUGAGGCAAUGGGUUCCAACCCAGCACCAGUCAUUCAUUUAAUGGCAGGUGACCAGCAUCUUAACACGGGCGAUGUCACCGUCAUCUUGGACAAGGACGGAAACACAGAAAGACGGUCAUACAAGGCCGCGGUCAUCUAUGAGCUGGACUUUGAUCACAGACUGUUCAAUAAGGUACUCAAGUGCCAUGCUGAACCGGACCUUCCGGAGGGCGUGACCAUGGAAAGCGGAGACCAGACGGUCACCGUCACCCUUGAAGGGAUUGUAGACAAACCAAUGGUUGCAUGCAGCAACAAGACUGCCAGUGCCAAUGACCGCCGAGUGAUCCUCACUUGCUUUGUGUCCAAGAUCCCUGCAGUGAAGUCAGUCAUGUUUAAUGUUGGCAACCGACAUCUGCUGUAUCCUGGCAACCAGACAAAAUCUCUCACAGAAGUCGUACAAAAGGAUUUUAAUGCCACUCACAAUGAAGUGAUACUGAAGUUCUUCGAGAUGGAGGAGUGGCACUUCACAGCCAACAUCUACCUGGAUGUGAAAGGAUUAAAUGAUCAAGUGUUCCAGUAUCCAGUGUAUUUGAUAAGAGGCAUCAGCCAUGUACAAGAUAACCCAAGGUUUGACGUCACUGGACCCGAUUACGUCAAAGAAGGAGAUGAGAUUAACUUGUCCUGCACGACAGAUGCAGACGUGCAGUUCAUGGCAUCAAAACAGCUGGCUAUUGUCCACAAGAACCUGGUAACCGAAACCGAGACGAUCAUUUCAGAGCAACAACGUCUUCUUGUUUCCCCAGCAGAUAAUUAUGUGAUCAAGUUUGAAAUGAUACCUAUUGUUCGUGUCAUCCUCAAAAUAAAGUCAGCUACUGCUGCUGCUGACGGGGAAUACACAUGUCGCACACAGAAGAGAGGGACCAGUGAUGCUCUAGAGUCAGCAACCAAGACGGUGGUUUUCCUCGGCAUCAGCCAUGCACAAGAUAACCCAAGGUUUGACGUCACUGGACCCGAUUACGUCAAAGAAGGAGAGGAGAUUAACUUGUCCUGCACGACAGAUGCAGACGUGCAGUUCAUGGCAUCAAAACAGCUGGCUAUUGUCCACAGGAACCUGGUAACCGAAACCGAGACGAUCAUUUCAGAGCAACAGAGUCUUCUUGUUUCCCCAGCAGAUAAUUAUGUGAUCAAGUUUGAAAUGAUACCUAUUGUUCGUGUCAUCCUCAAAAUAAAGUCAGCUACUGCUGCUGCUGACGGGGAAUACACAUGUCGCACACAGAAGAGAGGGACCAGUGAUGCUCUAGAUUCAGCAACCAAGACGGUGGUUUUCCUCGGCAUCAGCCAUGCACAAGAUAACCCAAGGUUUGACGUCACUGGACCCGAUUACGUCAAAGAAGGAGAGGAGAUUAACUUGUCCUGCACGACAGAUGCAGACGUGCAGUUCAUGGCAUCAAAACAGCUGGCUAUUGUCCACAGGAACCUGGUAACCGAAACCGAGACGAUCAUUUCAGAGCAACAGAGUCUUCUUGUUUCCCCAGCAGAUAAUUAUGUGAUCAAGUUUGAAAUGAUACCUAUUGUUCGUGUCAUCCUCAAAAUAAAGUCAGCUACUGCUGCUGCUGACGGGGAAUACACAUGUCGCACACAGAAGAGAGGGACCAGUGAUGCUCUAGAGUCAGCAACCAAGACGGUGGUUUUCCUCGGCAUCAGCCAUGCACAAGAUAACCCAAGGUUUGACGUCACUGGACCCGAUUACGUCAAAGAAGGAGAGGAGAUUAACUUGUCCUGCACGACAGAUGCAGACGUGCAGUUCAUGGCAUCAAAACAGCUGGCUAUUGUCCACAGGAACCUGGUAACCGAAACCGAGACGACCAUUUCAGAGCAACAGAGUCUUCUUGUUUCCCCAGCAGAUAAUUAUGUGAUCAAGUUUGAAAUGAUACCUAUUGUUCGUGUCAUCCUCAAAAUAAAGUCAGCUACUGCUGCUGCUGACGGGGAAUACACAUGUCGCACACAGAAGAGAGGGACCAGUGAUGCUCUAGAGUCAGCAACCAAGACGGUGGUUUUCCUCGGCAUCAGCCAUGCACAAGAUAACCCAAGGUUUGACGUCACUGGACCCGAUUACGUCAAAGAAGGAGAGGAGAUUAACUUGUCCUGCACGACAGAUGCAGACGUGCAGUUCAUGGCAUCAAAACAGCUGGCUAUUGUCCACAGGAACCUGGUAACCGAAACCGAGACGAUCAUUUCAGAGCAACAGAGUCUUCUUGUUUCCCCAGCAGAUAAUUAUGUGAUCAAGUUUGAAAUGAUACCUAUUGUUCGUGUCAUCCUCAAAAUAAAGUCAGCUACUGCUGCUGCUGACGGGGAAUACACAUGUCGCACACAGAAGAGAGGGACCAGUGAUGCUCUAGAGUCAGCAACCAAGACGGUGGUUUUCCUCGGCAUCAGCCAUGCACAAGAUAACCCAAGGUUUGACGUCACUGGACCCGAUUACGUCAAAGAAGGAGAGGAGAUUAACUUGUCCUGCACGACAGAUGCAGACGUGCAGUUCAUGGCAUCAAAACAGCUGGCUAUUGUCCACAGGAACCUGGUAACCGAAACCGAGACGAUCAUUUCAGAGCAACAGAGUCUUCUUGUUUCCCCAGCAGAUAAUUAUGUGAUCAAGUUUGAAAUGAUACCUAUUGUUCGUGUCAUCCUCAAAAUAAAGUCAGCUACUGCUGCUGCUGACGGGGAAUACACAUGUCGCACACAGAAGAGAGGGACCAGUGAUGCUCUAGAGUCAGCAACCAAGACGGUGGUUUUCCUCGGCAUCAGCCAUGCACAAGAUAACCCAAGGUUUGACGUCACUGGACCCGAUUACGUCAAAGAAGGAGAGGAGAUUAACUUGUCCUGCACGACAGAUGCAGACGUGCAGUUCAUGGCAUCAAAACAGCUGGCUAUUGUCCACAGGAACCUGGUAACCGAAACCGAGACGACCAUUUCAGAGCAACAGAGUCUUCUUGUUUCCCCAGCAGAUAAUUAUGUGAUCAAGUUUGAAAUGAUACCUAUUGUUCGUGUCAUCCUCAAAAUAAAGUCAGCUACUGCUGCUGCUGACGGGGAAUACACAUGUCGCACACAGAAGAGAGGGACCAGUGAUGCUCUAGAGUCAGCAACCAAGACGGUGGUUUUCCUCGUUUCUGCUGCUCAAGAUUUGAAUGGUGCAACUUCCCUGACAGGGACCACAACUCUGUCCAUUGUGUGCCUGCUCGCUGGAGUGCUACAGAAAGUGUGAUGAGCUUCUGAGAUUAUACAACAAUAAGAGUAGGGAAAUAUGAAGCUGCAAGUGCUGAAGAGGCAACAGCAAGUCCAGAUUAACUUGACCUCCCCACCACUCAAGCCUGCAGACAGCUGACAAUAUUACUUGGCUGUAUGAUAUAUCAAAAGUAACACAUCCUUAACUCUAUCAUCAAUUCCUGUUUAGGAAGUUCGUCCCUCCGGACCCCAACGCAUUCCUAGUUAACACUAACACAUUUUUAUUUAACCCCACGCAACGCCCUCCCUAAACACCACAUAUUUUAAGUGCUAGGACAGUUGCGAAUUUAUAUUUCUACGUGUGUCUACCCCAUACAUCCCCAGACUGUCUUCACACCCAUCCUCAGCCCUCGCCCAAACCUAAAUAUAUACUCAACUACAUUCAAAAGGGCACACUUGCACUUCGUUGUUGUGUUAUGUGUACGUUUAAGAAGGAUGCUGUAUUUAUAUACACUAUUUUGUCUGAAAGGAAAUUGUUUUGUAUAAUCGUGUACGGCCUCCACCUCAGACAAGUGCUAUUAUAGAAUUAGAGAAUACAAACAGCCCCACACUUGCAACCUACCUCAGAUUCGAUGGGGUGGGGGAGUGUGGCCUGUGUUACAGCAGUGGGAUACCAUGUAUAUUCGCGUGCAUGUUGGUCUGGCGUAAUGCUCAGUGUACCUGUAGAUAGGUUGUCAUUGUAACCGUGUAAUGCAAGAAAAGCUAUCUCCCUUUCACUGAGGUCAAAAUAUGUCUUAUUUUGUUAUGUAAACUAUACUUUUAUGCAACAUUCAUACAUUCCAUUCCUCCAGGACUGAAGGAGUUAUAAGUCCACAGUUGGAUUGCAGUGGAAGGGAGGUAACUCUCUGGGUGUAGCAACAACAUUCGCUGAUGUGUAUGAGACUAUUUUGAAAGCAGCCAGUUGAACAACCCUAACCCUGGCAGUCAGUGGGCCUCACACAUUAUAUGGGAGUUUAUUGUCUGCUUUUUAUAGUGUUAAGAAUUAAAAGUUUUUUCAACAAUGAUGUAUACUAUAUGUGUGACUCAUGGAUAAAUAGAAACAAUAUCUAUCUACCUGGCUUUGUAGUGAUUUUUUUAGAAAAAACACACUAGUUUUCCUUCUGGCUUCAAUCUUACACGCGUCUUAAAGGGUAAAUGCUUCCAACCUCUUUCCCAUGUUCAGCUGUGUGGAGCAGUGAUAAAAUUGAUUAAAAUACUCAAAAAAAGAGGACUCUGGUCCAGGAUAUAUUGACUGAAAAAAAAUAAUUUCUCUUUUGGUAAAAAAAUAUAGGAGUACAAAAUGAAAGCGCAAAGUCUUUAAUUGCUGGAUGGCAGAUAAUAUUUUGUAUCCUUUUGGACAACGGGCUGGGCUGUCCUUGACUCUGCAGUAUGAUAUGCUCUUCCAGACCCCUCUAUGCUGGGGGGGGGGGGGGGAUAUGGGUGCAUGCACACGCUCACUGUAUUCUCGGACAGGUACGUGCAAGACAGGAUGUGAUGCUUAGAGGUUGUGGCAGGUUUGAACCAUCCAUUGUAAAUUUUACAACGACUGUGAUUGGCCAAACCCUAACUUGUAGAAUCAUCUAGACUGUUGCUGUCUUCUGUUGUCAUAGACACAUCAUGUUGUAAUAAAGAUUUUUACAGCUUCCA